AUGAAGCCCGCCAACAAGCAUUUUCGAUGUACAGUUUGCCAGCGAGGUUUUACUCGCAUUGAUCACUUGAAAAGACAUCAACUUAGACCUCUCGACAAGCAUAGCCCUAAUACUUACAGUGAUAAUCUUCGCGAUCAUUACUCCGACUGCGUCGAGCGUGGGAACCGUCAGAUUCCGGAGACAGGCCAGAGAGGCCGGCGGCGACAUGCUUGUCAGUCUUGCACUUCGAUGAAAUUGCGCUGCGAUGGCAACAGUCCUUGUGAAGCCUGUGUGAAAAGGAACAUUCAGUGUAACAAUGAACGCACAGCCCGCCAACAUACCUCUGUUUUCUAUGAAGGAUCCUCACCAAAUAAGCAAGAAAUGUAUCCACAGGCAUCUGAUCGCGGAUCGAUUAAAUUUCUCCUGAAUGGCGGCACGGAGACCUUUACAGAAGGUUUCCAGCUACCUCCACGAAGCGACCGUCCUCGUGAUAUGGCAUGCUUGAAUAAUGAAAUGGAAGAUGUGGUCGGGGCAGGCUUUCCGUUCGACGCUGGAGUUACCCCAGACUAUACUCCUGCCUUUAUCGAUUCCGACCCUGUUUCAUUUCAGUUUUUCGAAGACACUUUUCUCGACUUUUUCAAUGGACCUUUCGGCGAUGGCCAGAAAUCUUUGGAAGAUCCCUUCGCCGGGCAAAUUUAUCAGACGGCCAUUGCUACGCCGGAUUCCAGUAUCGGCCUGUCAGCAGAUCAAGCAAUUUUUGAGCCUGAGCGCCCCUUUGCCAUGGCUCUGAUCCAAGCAAUCUUAGCCAGGGCGUGGACGGUGCCUCUGGACGUCAAAUCGCAGGAGGAAAUAUCCUCCAACCUCAACUAUCUUCUUACUACUGCCCGCAUACGCAAAUUCACCUCGCUAUACUUCAAGUAUUGGCAACCCAGUUGCUCAAUGAUCCAUUUCGCAUCCUUUGAUCCAGAAUUAGCUUCUUUGUCACUUUUGGCCUCGGUUGUGUUCAUGGGAGCAAUGUACAGCCCAGAUCAAAGAGAGGUUCACAUUGCAAAGAGAUUACUUGACUUUGCCGAGCUUUUCAUAUUCUCAAAUCAUAUCUAUUCCCCGGAAAGUGAGAUUGCAACAAUAUUUACUGGUGGUUCUACUCCAGAUGACAACACGAACGAUUGGGUUACUUUCCAAAAUUUCCAAGCCGGCUUACUCAUAUCGGUAGUGCAGUAUUGGGCUGGUAGUCGCGCUUCUCAAAAUCGUGCGAUGGAGAAUCGCUUCAGUGAAGUUAUCAAGGUCAUGCGCCGUUUGGGUCUUGUAAAGUGUCGACACCAAUUGGACGAAAAAUCCUCAGAAGAACUGUGGAUUCAAAUAGAGUGUCGAAUUCGUACUGUUGCCACAAUCUCGCUCCUAGAUUGUGCAUUCUUCUUCUAUCAAAACUAUCCCUGCCGGUUGACAUACACCGAAAUGGAAAACGAUCUUCCAAGCGAAGAUGCCCUUUUCCAAUCCCCACACCCUUUCUCAGAGCCCUUCUUCCGCUACUCACGAAAUCUCACCAUAUACGACUCAUUUCAAAAUCUCUUCGAUUCAUCUGACGGAUCUGAAAUCAAGACCAUGGACUUGACUAUUUUGGACAUGUUUAUUCUCAUUCAUAGUAUGGCAUCUUCAUCUACCUCGUCUGUUGGUUACUAA